AUGGGGACGGCGGAGAAGAGCACCGUCCACUCGAUGGUCGUCACCCUCGCUUCCAUGAUUUCGCUGCUCACACUCUGCCCGCCAUUCGUCAUCCUGCUGUAAGUACCACGUCCCCUGGUGUCUGUAUUCGCACUACGUCUCCUCUCCCAGGAAUCCACCGGACCACGAGCUUUUCUUGCUUGCUUUUUGAAUUUAAGCACCUCUCCGACAGUGGUAUUGGAAGUAUCGCGACAACCGGAUAAUCUCAUUUCGACGCAGCCUGGACGUAUGAGAUAAGCUAUUAGUUUGUUAAUCGAGUGAAAGAAACCGAUGGAUCUGGUGGUUUUGUGUGAGUAAUACAAAGGCCUCGAUGUGGAAAGAUGACAUAUAUGAAGCUUCCGCUCCUUAUUUUCCUUAUUUAUUGUCCUUCUUACUCUUUGCCCUAGCCAGUUCGGAACGAUGGAAGAUUGCUUAUGUCCGAGUUUAAUGUAAACUCAGUUGCCUUCGAGUAAUCGACUGCUGAUCUCUUGUUUCGAUUUCGUUCCUAUCUGUGUUAAAUUGGAGAAAACUAUUCUAGCUUAUCUCCCCCGUCCCCCAAAAAAGGAAAAAGAAAAUUAAAAAACCAUGUUAUCAGCCGAUGCACAAAAUUGUAGGCAUAAAAAAUUAUUUAUUGUGGUUUUCCACAUUAGUUUAUGGUUAUCAGGGUGGAUGAUUUUUCCACGUUCUGGGUCUUCAUUCCUGUGAAAAUACUUGCACUCCCCUGGUUGCCCUUCUUUCACGAUCUGUCGUUUUUCAUACCUCAUGGGGAGGCGUCUCUUUCAGCAACCUAUCCAUUGGAACGCCCGGUAAAUGACUAAAUCAGAAUACCAAUUGAAGCAAACAUUGUUAUCACUGCACACUUCCUUUUGCUUGUUAUUUUUUCUUUCAAAUCUCGGCCAAUCCGUCACUUGUUAUCCAUUGCUUCUGACAAAAGUGGGGACAGUUGAUGGCAUUCUCCUCUUAUUGUUUCUGUUUCACUUCAUCUCUUUCCAUGCCACCUUGAUGCUCAUGUCGUUUUACUGCAGAUGGUACACAAUGGUACAUGCUGAUGGGUCUAUUGCAUUGUCAUGGGAGUACUUCAAGCAGCAUGGAUUUCAGGGUCUCAAAACUAUUUGGCCAUUGCCAUCUCUUACCGCCUGGAAAAUUAUCUUCUCUUAUGGUUUUUUUGAAGCUGUGCUUCAAUUGGCACUUCCUGGGAAAAGGGUCGAGGGCCCAAUUUCUCCAAAUGGGAACAUUCCUGUCUACAAGGUUUUCAUUGUUUCCCCUUGACAUGAUCAUUAUGAACUGUAUGUGAAAUUUUAAAGCGUCUAUGUUGUUAUGCAAUUGAAAGGUAACAUCUGAAAUUCCAGGCCAAUAAAUUUACUUGAACCUCAACUAUAUGAAUGAUGUUGUUACAGGAUCUAAUUUCAUGAUUAAACAUUCUCUAUUCUGGGUUUAAAAGCUGGAAUGCCGAAUACCUUUAUCGACUGAAUGCAUUUUGUGUCGUAGUAUAUUAGUGUAGAUUUGUUCUUGGUAUACUAUUUAUGUUGUACGGUGUACGGCAACUAUUUAACUGGGCAAACUUAAUGCAUUGAAAAGUUCAUCAUUUUAGCCUACUGCCUACUCGAUCAUGUCUACCGAAUAGUUUAGGUGACAUUGUACGAGCCAACUGUCAAAUUUUUUGUAGAUAUUUUUAUAGCAACUGCUAUCUGCAUAAAAAUCUUAACUUUGGUUCGUAAUCAUGUAAAACUUCGAAGUCAAUUGGAAGCGUAUCAGUGACAUAGUGCAAACGUGAAGUACAGUAGCAAACUUUUGACUUGAAAAUAUAUGAGAAUGGUAUGUAGAUGUCCCUAGAAUUUUAGACGUGCAUAUUUAUUGGGUUAUUAGUACGACUUCCGCAUAAUAAAGUAACCAAAAGAGGAUUUAGAUGAAACAACUGCCUUGCCAUUUCUAAAGAUGUGUUUUCAAGUUAUCUUUAUCUCAAUAUAAUUUAUUUCCAUCAAUUCGUCAAUUCCUGCGCUUAACUUCUAGUUGCAUGACGAGAUAUAGUCCAUUCAUAUUACUGCUAAAAAAAUCAUUUCUUUAUUUUUUGCAGGCAAAUGGAAUGCAAGCAUAUGUAGUGACAUUGGUAACUUAUCUGAGCCUGUGGUGGUAACUUCUUUUCCUGUGUAUCAAGUUACAGAUUUCCUUUUUUGUCUUGUGGCAAAUGGAUCUUGUGCUAUUUCUUUGAUAUUAUCUAUCCAGCGUAAUGUAUUUCGUAUCCUUUUGUACAAUUUUGGGUUCCCAAUUUUACAAGUGGAGCAUGUUUGAGAGAUACUCGUAAAGCAUGGGCUUGAUCCAGUAGUAGAUUCUGCAUCAGUAAUCCUUGAUUCAGUUGCUGAGCCAUCUGACUUUUGCUGUAGAAAAAUUGCCACAAAAGUUGAUGUCCUGUCUGCUAGGCAUGUUCGUAACUUACAGUUGACUUGGUACAAUGAAUUGAAGGUUUACGUCUAGACUGUGGCUUAAGAUGAGCAAUGAUUAAAGCAUGAUCCCUGUAAUGUCAUGUUAUCUACGUAGAGAACCAGUGUACGAUCACUGGACGUAUUCAGAGAAAUAUAAUAGUCAUUUUAUCUGUAAAUGCGAUCGGGAUCCAUAUUAGUAUGACCUAUUACUCAAAUCAAACUCAAUAUUGAUCCGAUUUGAUAUUUGAAAUUUCAAAGGUAAUGAGGUAGAACUAGCAAAACGUUAGUUUUCAAUGGAUAAACCUCCUGAUAACCCUUUUUGAGUAGAAACGAAGAGGAUUUAUGCGCACAGUUGCAGAUAACUGAGCUCAGUUCCUAAGAAGAAGCGUCGCAGUCAAUGACAUGGCAUCCAUGUGCCAUGAACAAAGAGCUAGGUUUUAUAGAUUCAAGUCUGACCCUGUAUUUUGACCCUCUCAUCUCGAAAUCGUUAUCCUCAUUCCCAUCUGGGAGAGGGACAAAAGACCACACCGUAGUUUCUUUGACAUAGCUUAUUUCCAUACAGGUGGCGCAACAGUCUCAUCAUAAAAUCAGGGCUUGUGAACAUUGUGUGGCUGCAUGAAAUGAUUGAAAUAUAGGAAAGUAAAUAAGAUUUUGGAAAAUAUAGUCCGAUUUAAUAUUGGUACCUACGAGUAGGAUUAAUGCAGAGAAGCAUUGGUGCUUGUGACCGUGAAUAACAUGGAUAAGAGGAUCCAACAACGAUGCAAACAGUUGUGGGUAUCAUGACUAUGAAAUCCCCGACCACGACAUGCGCUGUCCCUGAUAUUAUUUUUGUUUUUUCCUUCUGUUUUUAUCAUUAUAGGCUUACACUUGCAUUUGGGGAAAAAAAAUAUUGUUCUUAAACAUUAGAUGUAAGCUUUUGUGCAAAACAAUCUGUAUAAGUUACUAAUAAGUUCUCACCAUCUGUAAAAAACAUAAACUUAAAAAACUAUUUUUACCAUACUCUAGAGAAUUCUGAUUUGUUUUAGAUGGUUCCCUGCUCUGGUUGAUAUCCUCUUGAAACCAUGGCAGUUGGACAUUAAUAACAUCAACCAAGAUAUAUCUUUCUAACCUUAACAUUAUGAUUAUGCUGCCAACGUUCUGUUCUAAGAAUCUUCUUGUCAUUUUCUGCAAUUUGUUUCAUCUUUAAAUGUACUUUCUUCUGCUGAAAAUUUGUAUUUUUUAUUGUUGACUUCAUAUUUUUGACAUACCAAUAUUACAUUCAGGUUCGGAAUAUUUAAUCCUGCUAUUGUAUAUGACCAUUUGGGAGAAAUCUAUUCAGCACUGAUUGUGGGGAGCUUUGUUUUCUGCAUUUUAUUGCACAUAAAAGUAAGAGCAAACAACUAGCCACAUUUCAUUGGUUUGUUGAUUUUACCACGUUUUAACUUUGGAUUCUUGAUUGCUUUCUCUUCAGGGUUACUUGGUACCUUCUUCUACGGACUCUGGAUCAUCAGGGAAUCUAAUCAUAGAUUUCUAUUGGGUAAGAUUACAAAUGUACUAUUUCAUGUCAUGACGUUUAAUAUCAUUCGUUGGUUUGUUUAUUUCCAUCACAAUCUUCACGUAAGUUUUUUCAGUAAACUCUUAAAUGCUGUUGCUUUUUGCACCAUUUUGGGAUCACUAACAUGGUAUCAUUAAUCCAGGUUGAAGUUGAUGUCAUUUUUUGUGAUUUUCCUUAUGGGGAAUCUAGCAAGUUACCACAGGGUAUAUUAUGCUCAGCGCAGUAAUUCGAAAUUUUUCUAUUAACUCAUUAAACCAAAAUUCAUAUUCAAAAUCAAUGUCUUAUCUACUUACUCUAAAAAAGGUGGUUCAGAAAUCCACAAAAUGGAAUUAAUAGCAGUGAAAAUUGUGAUGACUUACAACAGCACAGGGCGCCACAUUUCUUAACUAGUUGAACAGCUCUAUAACAGAUCCCUUUAAGUUUAAAAUCAAAGCCUACAUUUGGUGAGUUGCCACUGUCUCUCCUAUUGAAAACUUACUAUUUACAACUUAUGAUCUUCUUGAUUAUUAGAAUUUAUGAGACAGUUCUGGACCCAGUAGGUUUAUUAAAACUUGAUUUUGGCAUUCUACAUGCAAAUCUGACGUCCUAUCUGCAACAAAAAAGGAGCAUAUUUGAUCAUAUUUCUGGUAAAAACGAAAAAAAGGAUACAGUAAGUGAUAAAAAGAUAAUAUCCUUUAUAAUAGAAAAAGGGUACCAAUAAGCACUCCUACAAGAAUGUCUCAGAUGGGUACGGAUGAGAUUUUAUUGAAGCAGAUUCAAAUAUCCUGAAGAAGCAUAUUUUUUUUGGAAGCGCACAUAAAUAAUUAGGCAGAAAGUAUUUCCAACAUUCAGAGAUAUUCAUAGGAGAAAGUAAUUCCGUUUAUCUGCAGAAAGUAUUCUUAGCAGCAUCAUCCCAUGAACUCGAGGAUGAGGAUUUUCUAAUUUUUUAACUACUGCCUUCUAUCAUUCCAAUCAUCCGAUGGGUUUUAAGACGGUUACAAGGACGCGUGAUUAAUUCUAUUUUUCGCCUGUGUUUGUAUCUUCAAUUUAUAUUACUUUACUAUGGCUGCAGGGAAUGGAACUUUAUCCGAGAAUUGGUAAAAGCUUUGAUAUUAAAGUCUUCACAAAUUGUCGGUUUGGCAUGAUGUCAUGGGCUGUUCUGUCCUUGACCUAUUGCAUCAAACAGGUUAGCGCAUUAAUCUACUUCGUAGGAAGGAUCUAUCUUCGUUUUCCUCGCGUAAUGGUCCACCGGGUCUCAUCCAGUAAAGCGGUGCUCUUGGAGGUUUUAGAUCUCAUCUUGGAUUUUGAUUCCAGAACAAUAUUCUUGUCCCAAGAAUGUUUUUUUUAUUUGAGCUAUCAGAAUGCAAAACCGAACCACCUUCAAAGAAAAUGUAUCGCCUCUCAGACGAUCAGAUAUCAUUAUUUUAGAUCUCAUCUUGGAUUUUGAUUCCAGAACAAUAUUCUUGUCCCAAGAAUGCAAAACCGAAUCUUUCAAAGAAAUGUUUUAUUUUUUUCCCUAUCCAUCGAAGUCUGUGGCUUCCCCAGUUCAUAAUUGGGUAGAACGCAUCUGGCUGUUUUUCUCUAACCUUCUUGCGCAUUAUUGCAGUACGAAGAAAUCGGCCAUGUCAGUGACUCCAUGCUUGUCAACACGAUAUUGAUGCUUGUUUAUGUCUCCAAGUUCUUUUGGUGGGAAUCCGGAUACUGGAACACAAUGGACAUUGCCCAUGACAGAGGUAAGCAGAAAAUAAUAAUAAUAAUAAUAAUUAUGUUCAUGAUAUUCGAUCAACUUUCUCAGUUCUGAAAAAAAAAAAAAUUACAUUUCCUUGAUGUUUUUACACAAGUCCCUGAAUUAACUGAUUAUGGGAUAAAGCCGUUUGGGUGCUCAGGAAGACGACCAAGUCUUUCCCGGGUCCUUGCAUCGGCUUUGUCCGUUUUCCGAAGCUUCUCAAUUGAGAUGGUCGGAGGGACUCAUCACUCCGUUAUUUUUUGUGCCCAUCUCCUCCUCGAUCAGCUGGCUUCUACAUCUGCUGGGGAUGCCUCGUCUGGGUGCCCUCGGUUUACACAUCCCCCGGGAUGUACCUCGUCAACCACCCCGUGAAUCUGGGCCUGUCCGUAAGUAAAUCUACUUGACUUCUUCAGGGAUGCCCCCCAUCCCGGGUGGAAGGAAGAGCCUUCAUCAUCUUCUUCCUCAUCGAAAUCCAUGGUAUCUCAGGCCUAACCCUAACCCUAACCCUCACCCUAAAAAUGGCGUAGCUUGCUCUGUCGAUCCUCGCCGCGGGGCUCCUCUGCAUAUACAUCAACUACGACUGCGACUGGCAGCGGCAGCACUUCCGCAAGACCAACGGCAGGUGCUCCAUCUGGGGGAAGACCCCGUCGAAGGUAAAAAAAAGUGGGGCUUUCGUCAACGGCCCCGUCUUUGACUUGACGGGAUUUCUGACGACGGCCCUUUUGUUGCAGAUUUUGGCCUCUUAUCAGACCACCAAGGGUGAGACGAAGACCAGCCUCCUGUUGACUUCCGGCUGGUGAGUUUGACUCGGACAGUGUUGACUUCCGGCCAGCGGACCUUUGUAAGGUGAAAAAAACACUGAUCUUCUGAAAUCCGCAGGUGGGGUCUGGCCCGCCACUUCCACUACGUGCCGGAGAUCCUCGCUUCCUUUUUCUGGACAGCCCCGGCUCUCUUCAGCCACGUAAGCCCCAGUCUCAUUCUCCCAUUCUCCCCACAUGGGAGGAGGAAGCCGCCCUCUCCUUAUCUAUCUUAUCCCCGGGUCAACGGUUGCAGUGCCUGCCGUACUUCUACGUGGUUUAUCUCACGAUUCUGCUCACGGAUCGCGCCAAGCGUGACGACGAUCGAUGCUCCACCAAGUAUGCCGACGAUUCUCCUCUCCUCUCCUCUCCUCUUUGUGAAUUCCCCUCCGCCCGCAGUAGAAUUGCUGGCUUUCUUUUCUUUUCUAUGUUACCAUCGUAAUCAUCUCGGUCGCGAUUGUGGGCUGGGUUGGAUUGCGCCGAUUUGAUUUGGUGGCAUGACCGAUGGAUGGAUCAUCUCUAAUGGCGGAUGGGCUUUCUUGACACAGGUACGGCAAGUACUGGAAGAUGUACUGUCAGAGGGUGCCCUACAGGAUCGUCCCCGGAGUCUACUAG